AUGAUGCCCCCUCAGGUCCUCAUUUCAGGCCUCCUACUCCUUCUUCCAGCUGCUGUGCAUUCUUUCCCAGAGGUGCAUGGAGUGGUAGGACACUCUGUCACACUGCCAUGUAUGUAUCCAGUGUCUACUAGAAAACUCUAUGUGUGCUGGGGCCGAGGGGCAUGUAGCUACGGUACAUGUGGAGAAAUGCUUAUUGGAACUGAUGGAUACCGCAUCCAAUAUCGGACAAACAAUCGCUACCAGCUAAACGGGCAGCUUCUUCAAGGAGAUGCGUCCUUGACAAUACUGAAUCUCACUGAGAGUGACAGUGGUCACUACUGCUGUGGAGUGCAAAUGAAGGGAUGGAGUGGCACUAGAGAGAUAGUGACCACCUCACUGCUCGUUCAACCAGAAAUUUCCACGAGUCCACCAACAAGACCUACAACUACAGGAAGACCGGCAACUAUUUCAACAAGAUCCACACAUGUACCAACAACUUCAACCCGAGUCUCUCCCUCUACGCCUCCAACACUAGCACACACACAGACUCACAAACCAGACUGGAAAAACACUGUGACAUACCCAGACAACUCUUGGAAUAAUAACACAGAAGCAAUCCCUCCAUGGAAGCCUCAGAAAAACUUGACUAAGGGCUUCUAUGUUGGCAUCUCCAUCGCAGCCCUGCUGUUGUUGCUGCUUGUGAGCACCGUGGUUAUCACCAGGUACAUAAUUAUGAAAAAGAAGUCAGGAUCUCUGAGACCUUUGCAGAAUACAGUGGUCAUGCGGUCCAAAUGUGAAGACAAGGUCUACAUUAUUGAAGAAAAUGCUAAACGUGAAGAAGAAUCCCAGUGGCCCUCUGAGGUCCCGUCUGCCUGA